GGGAGGAACAGUGGUGCCUUGAAAUCGCAGAUCCUACCCUCAUUGGUGUGGAGAGAUGUUCAGGAUCAUAUUGCAGAGGCUAUCUGGUUUAAAAUCUGACUGACAUCUAAAGAACUUUCUUCUGUGGAUUCAGUGGCACCAUGCAUACUGAGACAUCAAUUUAUGAUUCGCACAGGAGAGAAGGUAAUUCAGAUUUAAUCAUGAAUGAGCUCUCUAGGACUUCUCUGGACCCCCAGGACACAAAGACAAUACAUAACGCAUGGAAAUCAAUAGUGCAAAAAUAUUUCAUCCGGAGUCCGUUAUCAUGGAGGAAAAUCAACAGACAGGAGACAUAUGAAGUAAGCCUACUGGAGGAAUCACUCAAGACACUACUUUCACAGAAAUGUGGACGAACAGCAUUCCGGGACUUUCUGAAGGCAGAGUUCUGUGAGGAAAACCUGGACUUCUGGCUCGCGUGUCAAGAGUUCAAAACCUGUGACAGUCCAGACGAGCUGACGAGGAGAGCAGCCAGGAUUUAUGAAGAGUUCAUCAGAGAUGAGUCCCCCAGACAGGUGAAUAUAAAAUCAUGUGUGCAGCGAUAUGUGCUCAAACCUAAAUAUAAGCAUGGCAUGAGGAAAAAUAGCCAGCUGCCCAUCCCAGGCGAGCUGAGCCCAGCUCUGGGUCCUGGCUCCCGGCGAGGAGUCGCUCAGAUUUAG